AUGGUCAGAGACUGCAGACAUACUACAGGAGAUGGUCAGAGAUUGUAGACAUAAUACAGUAGAUGAUCAGAGACUACAGGCAUACUACAGGAGAUGGUCAGAGACUGCCGGCAUACUACAGGAGAUGGUCAGAGACUGCAGACAUGAUACAGGAGAUGGUCAGAGACUUCAGACAGUCUACAGGAGAUGCUCAGAGACUGCAGAUAUACUACAGGAGAUGGCCAGAGACUGCACACAUACUACAAGAGAUGGUCAAGGUCUGCAGACAGAAUACAGGAGACGGAAA